UUUGAAUCGGCGGGAGAUAAGAAACUUAGAGGGAGAUAAUGUAGUAUAACAUAGAAAUGUAACCUUCUGGAUGUAAGUUGUAACUGUAAGGAAGAUACAAGUAUAAAACAGCACUGAGGGACUUGUUACACAAACUAAAGUUUAGUGGAGUGUGCACAGAAUUAUGUGGAAGCUAGUUAGUUUGAAAGAUGAAGGUACCUGUUAUAGGCUGUUUGUUGGAAAGGUCCACACUGUUGGACGUAAGGGUACUGACCUGUUGAUACUGAAUGACCUGUCAAUCAGCCGUAAACAUGCCGUCUUGUUGGUUUCACAUUCUGAAGCAAGUUUGAUUGAACCACAUCAUCUCCCAAUUCUUACCUUGAAAGAUAACAGUUCCAAGUAUGGCACUUACUUGAAUGGAAGAAAGCUAUCACCUGAUGUGAAAGGAACAAUUGUCAACAAAGGAAAUGAGAUCAGCUUUGGACAGUGUGGAAGUUCCUUCAAGGUUGACUAUGAACCUUUGGUUGUGACGACUUCAGCUGUUGAUUCAUCCGGGAAAAAAGAAUUGAAACCAUUGAUUUUAAAACUUGGUGGACAUGUGGUGGCAGAAUGGAGAAGUGAUUGUACGCAUUUAGUAAUGAAUGAAAUUAAGGUCACUGUUAAGACAGUGUGUGCUCUAGUUUCCUUGAAACCUCUAGUCACCCCAGAUUAUUUCCGUGUUUUUGUGGAGAGUAUUGAAAAUAAAACAGAACUUCCAGAUGCUAGUAGGUUUUUGCCACCAGUUGGUGAAUCUGCCAUAAACAAAGAUAAUGUCAACUUUAAUGUUAUAGUUAGACGAAAAACACUUUUUACAGACAAAACAUUUGUUUUUCUUACAGCUAAGCAGUAUAAAAAGCUUCAUUUACCUGUAACUUUGGGUGGAGGAAAGGCCAUUUUAUUGGAAGAAAAGCAAGAUGUUAACGCAAGUUUUUGGAAUCAACCAGGACUUUGUGUCAUGGAAUAUUCUGAUAACGUAGAAUAUUCCCAGUCACCAGACUAUGUCCGUACCAUUCUUUCAACUAUAAAGAAGAAGAACCAGCGGCCAAUACCAGAAUCUGAUAUUGGACUUGCUGUUGUCUACUGCUCAACAGAAAAGUUUUGUAAUCCUGAUUUUGACUUUGGUUCAGCACUGUUUGGUUCGGCAAAGCUCCGUUCACAAUCGUUAUCUCAGCAGGAAGUAUAUGCACCUGAAACUCAAACAUCUGACACAAAUUCCCAAAGUGAAAGGCUAAACAUGAGAAAUCACAGCUUUGAAAAUAAGGGACCUACAGAAACAAUUGAAACAUUGGAGGUCGUAUCUUCAAAAGACCGAUGUUCGCGUACUUUAGAAAACCAGAGAGACUCAGAAAUGUCUGAAAUAAACAAGUACACUGCAGGAGAUGUGAGAUCUCCUAACAAAUACAGUGAAAGUCAAGUUUCUUGUGUCGAGGUUUGUGAGAAUAGAAAAAAAAGACUACGUGAAGAUUCAGGAGAGCAGUCUGGUCCUCCUCAGAAACACAACAAAGAAGAAAGAGAAGACUAUAUAGAAGGAUCAGAACAACCAGAUGUAUGUGUUAAACGGCUUUCAUUUCUCCAAAUUAAAAAAGAACAAUCUUCACCACCAUCAGUAGAAAAGAAGAGAAAUUCUUUAACAAGUUCAGGUAUUAUCAGUAACAACAAUUGGAGCAUGCCUACAAAAACAACAUCAGUGGAAACUUCAGUAUUAGAAAGAGAUAGUAGCUCAGUCAGAGAAGAUAUCAAGGUUCAUGACAAAGGAGUAUCAAUGGAAAAGGAUCAGGAGAAUUUACUAAGCUUUACAGGUGAAAUCCCCCACGGGUUUCUAACAACUGUAACAUCAAAUCAGGUUCCUCAUAUUAAAAGAGAAGAUAACUACAACAAUUUUGAUGAGUUACUUCCUUGCAAAGUGCUUCAAACUGAAUAUCUAUCAUUGGUUCAUCACGUAAGAAGUAGGCCAUGCUGGAUUCCCACAGAUCAUCCUGAUGAUCCUAAAAGGCCAGUGAAGAACUUUAAGAAAUUUAAAAAAGUUGAACAUGCAGGAAAUAGGAUGCUACCCCGAAUCAUUGGAGGUCAUGACUUACAAAUCUACAUACGAACAUCUUCAGGAGGAAUUGAUGAUUGGCUUAAUGAAAAUCCAGAGUCACAGGUGCAGGAAAGAACUGAUGAUGGACUUUUUGAGUAA